AUGUUGACCGAAUACUCGAACGCGUAUUUGAGGAUGGAAAAUACGAAUAAUUACAGCGGCGUUGCAUCGACGUCGUCGUCGCCGCCGUUCUCUUUAUUAGUAUUCCCCACGGAGGAGGAAAACAAAGCCUACUCGCGAGCGGCGGCGCUGAAACGCGAAACCGCCGUCCUCGCCUGGCGCGCGAAGCUCGAACGCGAUUUGAGACCAAAAAUAGAGCGCGUGCGAGAAAAAUUCGCGGAUUUGCUCGAGGAAUUACACGCGACCGUCCCAAAUAUGCUCCCAAAAAACGCCUGCUUCUCCGAAAACUUCUUGCAGGUUCAAACGAAUUUUCUCGAGCGACACGUCGCCGAACUCGACCGCAAGCUCUCCUCGCUCGAAUUCGUUCUCGAAAAGACGAAUUUUACCGCCCUGGCGGAAAACGGCCGACGACGAACUCAUACUACUAAUAACGAGAACAACAGUAAAAACGACUGCAGAAACGUCCUGCUGGUUGCCAUAGCCGCCUGGUUUCUAGAACCAAAGUUGCCUUAA